AUGGCUCUCGCAAGUCUUGGCCUCCUUACGAUUGGUGCGAUACCCACUGUCAUUGGGGUUGCUGAAGCCAUCGACGCGCAGAAGAAGCAGAACGCGCAGGCCAAGGAGAGGAUCAAGUUCAACCUCACGGCCAAGUUCUCGCACGACGGCGACUCACCGCCGCAGACUGCGUACGUGGUUUUCAAGGACAACAAGCUUUAUCUAGAUCACCCAGCCUGCCCGGUGGCAGGCUACCGUUUCAACGGCUUCUACUUUGGCUACCCCAGUCCAGAGGAGCAUCAAGGGCUCGUGGCACCGAUAGCGGACGAUCCGCCCAUGCUCAACUGGAUCUACGCUGAUAAGGACACGGGAGCUCUACACCAUGGCUCGCGUAAGGAAACCAUAGAUCACGUUAUCGGGCCCUGGAGCUGGACCGAUGACGAGGAGUUCCUGAUUCUCGAAGGCGAGCAGUACUUCGUGGCGGUCGAGGAAGAGGAUGGCACGUGGUGUGUCUAUUAUGACAAGAACGGGGACCUGGACGAGGUUCUGGCACCGCGCGAGGUAGUUGAUAUCGAGCUACAUCGUGAGCUGCAGCUGGGCGUGUCCAGCCGAAUGACCAAGGAUUCAGAUGAGAAGUAG